AUGUCUGCGGGCUCGUCUAAUGCAAGAAAUCGUCUCCAAGUUGCUCGUGUGUUUGUUAAAAACGAUGUUAAUAACUGUGACUGCGAUGUUCCAGCUAAGGAACGGACAUGUUGGAAGCUUACUAACCCUGGAAGAUGUUUUUGGAACUGCAACAACAGCCUGACAAGACCGAGGAAAGGUGAUUACUUUGAAUGGAAAGAUGUUGCACUGGAAGAUGGUUACUACAAAAACCUCAUCUAUUCCAUGAAGCAACAAUUGGAUUCCAAAGAGGAUAUUGGUGUCAUAAAAAACUUGAGGACUAAGAAUGUUGAGUUCAAGUUUCUCCUGAGUAAGCAUGGAGAAGAGGAUGUGUGA